UUGUAUGCUGUGUGCUGUUUAUUGUAUCUUUAUAUGUUUAUUGCAUAUUUGUUGUAUAUUUAUUGUAUAUCUAUAUACUGUCAUCUUCAUGUCUACCUCACCACAGCCCGACAACAACAGACAUCAGCAGAUCAGAUUAACAUACAAAGUGCGAAUGCGACUCACGUCAAUGCUCAAUCUCAAUGCCGUCGCCACCUGCAAAGUGACGCAGCGGCACAACUGCGCAAACACCGCGCCAAUCCCGCUGGAACAGCCCAGAACCGCGCCCCCGCCCCUCCCGAUAGCAUAGCCUUUGUUAAGUUUAGAUAGUUGUGGCAUCAAUUGCAGCACUUUUAUGUACUUGUGCCACAUCGGCAGUCUGCGUCCCUUGCACCGGCUUCGUCCGCCCGUCACACUUAUAAAUACGCCGCCGCCACCCCAUCUUCAUCAUGCAGAUCUUCGUAAAGACUCUCACCGGCAAGACCAUCACCCUCGAGGUCGAGUCGUCGGAUACUAUCGACAACGUCAAGUCCAAGAUCCAGGACAAGGAGGGAAUUCCCCCAGACCAGCAGCGACUCAUCUUCGCUGGCAAGCAGUUGGAAGACGGCCGCACUCUUUCUGAUUACAACAUCCAGAAGGAGUCGACCCUCCAUCUCGUUCUCCGUCUCCGUGGUGGUAUGCAGAUCUUCGUCAAGACUCUGACCGGAAAGACUAUCACUCUCGAGGUUGAGUCAUCAGACACCAUCGACAACGUCAAGUCCAAGAUCCAGGACAAGGAGGGAAUUCCCCCAGACCAGCAGCGACUCAUCUUCGCUGGCAAGCAGUUGGAAGACGGCCGCACUCUUUCUGAUUACAACAUCCAGAAGGAGUCGACCCUCCAUCUCGUUCUCCGUCUCCGUGGUGGUAUGCAGAUCUUCGUCAAGACUCUGACCGGAAAGACUAUCACUCUCGAGGUUGAGUCAUCAGACACCAUCGACAACGUCAAGUCCAAGAUCCAGGACAAGGAGGGAAUUCCCCCAGACCAGCAGCGACUCAUCUUCGCUGGCAAGCAGUUGGAAGACGGCCGCACUCUUUCUGAUUACAACAUCCAGAAGGAGUCGACCCUCCAUCUCGUUCUCCGUCUCCGUGGUGGUAUGCAGAUCUUCGUCAAGACUCUGACCGGAAAGACUAUCACUCUCGAGGUUGAGUCAUCAGACACCAUCGACAACGUCAAGUCCAAGAUCCAGGACAAGGAGGGAAUUCCCCCAGACCAGCAGCGACUCAUCUUCGCUGGCAAGCAGUUGGAAGACGGCCGCACUCUUUCUGAUUACAACAUCCAGAAGGAGUCGACCCUCCAUCUCGUUCUCCGUCUCCGUGGUGGUAUGCAGAUCUUCGUCAAGACUCUGACCGGAAAGACUAUCACUCUUGAGGUCGAGUCAUCAGACACCAUCGACAACGUCAAGUCGAAGAUCCAGGACAAGGAGGGCAUUCCCCCAGACCAGCAGCGACUCAUCUUCGCUGGUAAGCAGCUCGAGGACGGACGCACUCUCUCUGACUACAACAUCCAGAAGGAGUCCACUCUCCAUCUCGUCCUCCGUCUUCGUGGCGGUAUGCAGAUCUUCGUCAAGACCUUGACCGGAAAGACUAUCACUCUUGAGGUCGAGUCAUCAGACACCAUCGACAACGUCAAGUCGAAGAUUCAGGACAAGGAGGGCAUUCCCCCAGACCAGCAGCGACUCAUCUUCGCUGGUAAGCAGCUCGAGGACGGACGCACUCUCUCUGACUACAACAUCCAGAAGGAGUCCACUCUCCAUCUCGUCCUCCGUCUCCGCGGUGGCAUGCAGAUCUUCGUCAAGACUUUGACCGGAAAGACCAUCACUCUUGAGGUCGAGUCAUCAGACACCAUCGACAACGUCAAGUCGAAGAUUCAGGACAAGGAGGGCAUUCCCCCAGACCAGCAGCGACUCAUCUUCGCUGGUAAGCAGCUCGAGGACGGACGCACUCUCUCUGACUACAACAUUCAGAAGGAGUCGACCCUCCAUCUUGUCCUCCGUCUCCGCGGUGGAAACUAAUUCAUCGUUGAUUAUUAUGGCACUGUAUUUUAGGAAGGAAAGGAUUGUAUUUGUUUAGUUAUUAUACGAGGAGCGGGUACGGCGCGAGAUCUUCAUUGACUGAUUGGGUUUUGCGGUAGAAUCACUAUGUUCGGAUGUAAGAGUAAUAGUGUUUUCGAGUACGAAUAUAGAUAUCGCAUAUUGAUUGCGCCAUAACCAACAUUAAUAACAAUAACAAUAGUAGAAAUAGUAGAAGGUCUACU